AUGCAAAAAUCAUAUAUAAAGUUAUUAGUAUUAGGUGAUAGUAAAACUGGAAAAACUACAAUGAUGAUGACAUAUUCAACAGGUUCAUUUCCAACAGGUUAUGUACCAUCACAUGUUGAUGCAACUUCAUUAGAUAUAGAAUAUAAUAAACAAGUAUGUCAUGUUGGAUUUUGGGAUUCAUCAGCAUUGGCAGAAUUUGAUAAUACUCGUCCAUCAACCUAUCCAAAUACUAAUGUGAUUAUAUUAUGUUUUUCAAUUGAUUCACCAACAUCAUUUGAAAAUGUUUCAAAAAAAUGGAUACCUGAAAUUAGACAAUAUGCACCAUCAAUUCAUACACCAAUCAUUUUAUUAGGAACAAAAUGUGAUUUACGUGAAGAUGAAAAUACUAUAAAUUUAUUAAAAGAAAAUAAUCAAAUGCCACCAAUUUCAUAUAAACAAGGUUUAGCAUUAUCAAAAGAAAUUAAAGCAACUAUGUAUUUAGAAUGUUCUUCACUUUGUAAUCAGGGUGUUAAUGAAAUAUUUAAACAGGUAGUACGUUGUCAUUUAUAUUGUAAAGAUGGUGUUUUAAAUGAUCCAACAACAACAACAUCGAAUACUUCAAAAUGUAUUAUACAAUAA